AAGGGCGGGGCUUCGAGCCGUAGCGAAUCAACGCAGAAGGCCGGAUCGCUGUCGCCUUUUGGACACGGGCGCGGGGGGAGGAGGUUUCUUCCGGCCGGACCGAGGGGUUGCUGAGUUCGUUGAAGGACGCAGCUGCGGAAUUUGUGCGUUUUCUAAGAUUGAAAUCAUGGCAGGUCCAGAAACUGAUGCCCAAUUCCAGUUCACUGGUAUCAAAAAAUAUUUCAACUCUUAUACUCUCACAGGUAGAAUGAAUUGUGUACUGGCCACAUAUGGGAGCAUUGCUUUGCUGGUCUUAUACUUCAAGUUAAGGUCUAAAAAAACUCCAGCGGUGAAAGCAACAUAAACGGAUUGUAGACUGUACUUCAUCUGUUAAGUUUCCAUGGCUGAGAAGCUAAUGUCAACUCAUCAUGUGAUACUCAAUUUAUACAAUAAAUUAUGAACCUGGAAAA